AGAUGGGUAAGGUAGGAGGUGGCGGAGCAACGACGGCGAAGAAAAGGAAAGGCCGUCCGUCUCUAUUGGAUCUCCAGAAGCGUGCUCGUGAAAACGAACAGUUACAAAAUCAACAAAAAUUACAACCAAGAUCAACUCGCCGGAACCCUAACUCUACCACCGUCGCUAGUGUCGACGAUGACUCAGCCAAUGAAGAUGAGUACUAUGAUGACGAUGAGAGAAAAGAGAAGAAAGUCAAGCUCGUUGUUCGUUUGCCUCAAUCGAAUCAACUACAACAACAACAUGCUUCGUCUGAUUUAAUUAGAUCUUAUUCUGUUAAUUCGGGAUCUUACGGCUCUGAUUCAAAUGCUAAUGUUGAUAAUCGCAAAAUUAACUCUGGAUCUGGUAAUAUUAUAGCUGAUAAUCAGGGUGAAAAGGCUUCAAAAGUGACGGUUAAUGUACAUGGGUCACCAUUGGAGUCUGGACCCACAACACCUUUGCCAGACAAAAAGUUGCUGGUGUUCAUUCUUGACAGGCUUCAAAAGAAGGACACUCAUGGGGUGUUCUCUGAGCCGGUCGAUCCUAAUGAGCUCCCUGAUUAUCAUGAAAUUAUUGAGCAUCCUAUGGAUUUUGGAACCGUCAGGAGCAAACUUGACGAGGGACUUUAUUCAAGGUUGGAUGAAUUGGAGGCAGAUGUCUUUUUGAUCUGUUCUAAUGCGAUGCAGUACAACUCAUCUGAUACCAUUUACUUCCGGCAGGCGAGGACUAUACAAGAGUUGGCGAAAAGGGACUUUGGAAAUUUGAGGCACGAGGGUGAUGAUGGCGAGCUGCAACCAAAAGUAGUGAAACGUGGCCGGCCACCAAGCAAACAUCUAAAAAGGCCACCUGGCAGACCCCCAUUCGACGGUGCUGGUCCUGAGUCUACCUCAGGUGCCACUCUUGCAACCACUGAAGACAAUACAACCGAGUCUACUCCUUACAAUUUAAGAAAAGGACCCAUGUUGUAUAGGCAUCAGGCUGACGGGUUACUUGGCUCGAACCGCGAUCGCAAUGGGGAACAGCACUCUGAAUUGUUGUCAGAUUGGAAUGAAGAGUUUCCAGCACGUAUUCGGAGGGCCGACAUGAAAUAUGGGAAUAAACAUGUUAUUAUAGACGAGACUAGGCGUGACACUUACAAGCAAUAUCUAUCUUCUUUUUUUGCUGACAAUCCUUCUCCUCUCUCCAACUUUUGUUGGGAAAGGAAGCAGUUAAUGGCGGUGGGUUUACAUGCUGAGCAUGGUUAUACUAGAAGUCUAGCUCGUUUUGCCGCUAAUCUUGGACCUGUUGUCUCGAAAAUUGCUUCAAAGAAAAUUGAAAAAAAGUUGCCUCCUGAAGUCAAAUCAUCGUGCUUUCCAUCUGGUAACCAGAGAUGCAUGCCCGGAUUGGUAAGUCACAACGUUCCAAAAAGAAGCGAAAUUCCAAAUACUUCAGGAGCUGAUCCUGAUAUUGAGGCUGACACGAGAGUGAAUUCUCAAAACGAGACAACUAACUCGACGGUCUGGAGCUUCGGUAGCAAGAAAUGGUUCUAGUAGUGUUUCUGAAAGUAACCCGCCAUCACAUACCGUAAGUAGAAUCGGACAUAAUUGGUGAAGUGGAGAGUUUUGGGGAAUCGUCUUGCGGGCAGCAGUUAGUACCAUCAACAAACCGUAAACAUUAUUUAUAUGGUACCGGUACCGGUUCCGGUUCCAGUUCCGGUUCCACCCAAUCUACACAUGGGUUCAUCAAGCUCUGGUUUUAGGACGGGUUCACCUCAGAAGCCUGAUUCAGCAUUGCAGCUCUGUCUGAUUUGUGUAGUGACCCUUGUUGUGUUUUGCAAUAAUUAUUAGGAAAGAUGAAAUUUCAGGUUUUAGAGGAAAUCAUCAGAGCCACAGAGGACCAAAAUGGUGGAGUUUGAUGAACUUGUAAUGGAAUUAA